GAGCUCGCGAGCUCGGUCGAGUUUGGGAAAGCCUCGUCGGAGCUGGGGCAACAAUGGCUUACUCGGCCAUCCUCCACGGUUGCCUGAGGGCGGCGAUGUCCGCGAGGCCGUCCGGCGUCCACCUCCGCAGGGCUCGCGGGGCCGCCGCCCCCGCGGCGGCGGCGUCGCUGCUCCGGUCGGUGCGCCCGCCGGCUCUCCUGGAGCGGCGGAUGGUCGCGUCCCUGGCCGUGGAGGUGGGCCGGAGGCGGCGGGGGAGCGCCGCCGUCGCGCCGCCGUUUCGGCACCGGCAGAGCUCGAGCUACGGCCGGUUCGCUUAUCAGGACGUGUCCAGCGACGAGUCGGACCUCGAAGUCGGUUCGUCUCAGCAGCAGCAGCAGAAGCAUUCUACCCUUGACAAUGUGGAAGAGUGGAAAUGGAAGUUGACCAUGCUUCUUCGUAAUAAAGAGGAGCAGGAGAUGGUAUCUAGGGAGAGGAAAGACAGACGUGACUUUGAACAACUUUCAGCCCUGGCAGCCAGGAUGGGUUUGUAUAGCCAUCUAUAUGCAAAGGUAGUUGUCUUUAGCAAAGUCCCUCUGCCAAAUUACAGAUCUGAUCUUGACGACAGGCGCCCACAGAGAGAGGUGGUAUUACCGUAUAGAUUGCAAAUGGAAGUGGAUACACACCUCCAAGCAUACCUUUCCCGAAAGCCCAAAAGUAGGGAUAAGUUAUUGUAUUCUCCAAUGUCAGAGCGUGGCGUUGAUGGAAGUAUUGCUGUUGAUGAUCUUUAUGGCGAGCAGGAGCGUAUUACACCGAACAGCGUAGUUGUAGAGAAAAUUCAACGCCGGAGAAGUUUGCAAUUGCGUAAUAAACAACAAGAUUGGCAGGAAUGUCCCGAAGGCCAAAAGAUGCUCGAAUUUCGUCGAAGUCUCCCUGCAUACAAAGAGAGGGAUGUUUUGCUAAAAGCCAUUUCAGAAAAUCAGGUGGUUGUUGUAUCUGGUGAAACUGGAUGUGGUAAAACAACUCAACUUCCUCAAUACAUACUUGAAUCUGAGAUUGAAGUUGCUCGAGGGGGUGUGUGUAGUAUAAUUUGCACUCAGCCAAGAAGAAUAUCUGCUAUGGCUGUUUCUGAAAGGGUUGCUUCAGAGCGAGGAGAGCAACUGGGAGAAUCUGUUGGGUAUAAGGUUCGGUUGGAGGGGAUGAAAGGGAGGGAUACUCGCUUACUUUUUUGCACUACGGGCAUAUUGUUGAGGAGAUUACUUGUUGACAGAAAUUUGACUGGCGUAACUCAUGUUAUUGUUGAUGAGAUUCAUGAACGUGGUAUGAAUGAAGAUUUCCUUCUCAUUGUUCUCAAAGAUCUUCUCCGUCGCCGACCUGAAUUGAGGCUGAUUUUGAUGAGUGCAACCCUCAAUGCUGAGCUUUUUUCCAAUUACUUUGGUGGUGCACCAAUGAUCCACAUACCUGGUUUCACCUACCCAGUCCGGUCUCAAUUUUUGGAGAAUAUUUUGGAGAUGACUGGAUAUAGAUUGACUCCACAUAAUCAGAUUGAUGAUUAUGGUCAAGACAAAAGUUGGAAAAUGCAGAGACAAGCUGUUAAGAAGAGGAAGAGCCAAAUUGCUACUGCUGUUGAGGAUGCACUUGAAUCUGCAGACUUAAGAGGGUACGGUCGGUGGACACGCGAAUCUAUGUCCUGUUGGAACCCUGAUUCGAUAGGCUUUAAUCUCAUUGAGCAUGUGCUUUGCCACAUAGUUCAAAAGGAAAGGCCUGGAGCUGUAUUGGUUUUUAUGACUGGUUGGGAUGACAUAAACUCCUUGAAGGAUCAGCUGCAAGCCCAUCCUCUCUUGGGUGAUCCGAGCAGAGUUCUGUUGCUUGCCUGUCAUGGAUCCAUGGCCAGCUCCGAGCAGAGGUUGAUAUUUGAUAAGCCUCCAGAUGGAGUUAGGAAAAUAGUCCUAGCUACCAAUAUGGCUGAGACUAGUAUCACCAUCAAUGAUGUAGUCUUUGUGGUCGACUGUGGAAAGGCAAAAGAGACUUCCUACGAUGCGCUCAAUAACACUCCUUGUCUGCUUCCAUCUUGGAUCUCAAAGGCUGCUGCUCGACAAAGAAGAGGAAGAGCUGGUCGUGUUCAAUCAGGAGAGUGUUACCACCUCUAUCCUAGAUGCGUUUAUGAUGCUUUUGCAGACUACCAGUUGCCAGAACUUCUGAGGACACCAUUGCAGUCCUUAUGUCUGCAAAUAAAAAGUCUUCAACUUGGAAGUAUCACGGAAUUCCUGUCUAGGGCAUUGCAACCACCGGAAUCACUUUCGGUCCAAAAUGCUGUAGAAUAUCUGAAGGUGAUUGGAGCUUUAGAUGAAAAUGAGAACUUGACAGUGCUAGGACGCCAGCUUUCAAUGCUUCCAGUUGAGCCCAAACUGGGGAAGAUGCUUAUACUGGGGGCCAUUUUCAAUUGUCUAGACCCAGUAAUGUCAAUUGUUGCUGGUCUCAGUGUUAGAGAUCCAUUCUUGAUGCCAUUUGAUAAGAAGGAUCUUGCAGAGUCUGCAAAAGCCCAAUUUUCUGGCCAUGACUACAGUGACCAUCUUGCACUUGCUCGAGCCUAUGAUGGUUGGAGAGAUGCUGAAAGACAACAGGCUGGCUAUGAAUACUGUUGGCGGAAUUUUUUAUCUGCACAAACUAUGAAAGCAAUAGGCUCUCUUAAGAGGCAAUUCUUUUCUUUGCUCAAGGAUAUCGGUAUUGUUGAUCAAAAUACGGAGCUUUCUAAUUCGUGGAGCCAUGAUGAGCAUCUUAUUCGGGCAAUCAUUUGUGCCGGUUUGUUCCCAGGAAUAUGUUCUGUUGUGAACAAAGACAAGUCGAUUUCUUUGAAGACAAUGGAGGAUGGUCAGGUGCUCCUAUACUCUAAUUCUGUGAAUGCCAGUGUCCCAAAGAUUCCAUACCCAUGGUUGGUUUUCAAUGAGAAGGUCAAGGUUAAUUCAGUUUUCCUUCGAGAUUCGACGGGUAUUUCUGACUCUGUGCUUCUCUUAUUUGGAGGAAACAUUUCAAGGGGUGGACUUGAUGGUCACCUAAAGAUGUUGGGAGGAUAUUUGGAGUUCUUCAUGGAAUCUUCGUUGGCUGAGACAUAUUUAAGCCUAAAAAGAGAGCUUGGGGAACUCAUCCAGAAUAAGCUUCUGAAUCCCAAAUUAGAUAUACAAUGCUCCCGUGAUCUUCUAAUGGCAGUAAGGUUGCUUGUCACAGAAGACCAAUGUGAAGGUAGAUUUGUCUUUGGUCGUCAGUUGCCUAAGAAAGUCCCAAAAGUAACAUUACAGGCCACAUCAUCGAAAGGCACAAAGGGAGCCAAUGUUGAUAAUUCGAAGAACGAAUUGCAAACUUUACUUGUUAGGGCAGGACACGAAGCACCAAUCUACAAGACAAAGCAAGUGAAAAACAAUCAAUUCCGUUCUACUGCGAUCUUCAAUGGAUUGGAUUUCACAGGACGGCCUUGCAGCAAUAAGAAGCUCGCGGAGAAGGAUGCGGCUGCCCAGGCAUUGCUCUGGUUAAGGGGUGAGACUCAUCUAUCCUCUUCCGAUGUGGAUGCUGUGUCUACGCUCGUAAAAAAGAAGAAGGUUAAGAGUCAGAGGACAGCACGCAGCAGUAGGUGGAGUUAAGUUGGCCAUAGUAGCAGUGAUAUCUGUACGCAUUAACACUGUCAGCCAAAAAGAGCAGAGCUCCUAAUGCUAUCAAAGGUUUGAGAGAACAAAUUCUGGGCUCUGAAAGCUUUAUCUCUUCAGUUGACGAAGUCACAUCAGAGAGUACAUCUUUGGCACUCCAUGACAGAUGCUGAACUUCAUUCGCUGGAAAAUGGUUUUACAGGUCAAAAUUCUUUUGGCGCCAGAGGCUGGAGGAUCAAUUCUCUUCAGAUAUCGCAAAGCUCAUCAAUUGGUCCUAACUACUGUAAGCAGUACCUCUGCGGCUCCUGUUGGAGGCAAGAACUGCUGAGCAAAGUCUGCUGGCGACAUCACAUCCGAGACUCCGACAGCACAGCUUACCUAAACCCCUCAUGGAUUCCUGACAUGGAGGGAAUGUUCUUCUCCUGAUUUUUUUUUUCCUGCAAUUGAUUAUCUUGUAUAUGAGUAAUAGCACAGUUGAAAGUUAGGUGGAUGGAAGAAUUGCCGCCUCGCAUCAAACCAUUUGUCAACUUUAGAUCGACAGUGCUGUGCAUACGGAAAUGAUGGAUUGAAUGGCAACUUGCCUUCCGAAAAUUCGAUACCCUGGACAGUUGUGUAUAUUGCUAUUUAUUUCCAAGUAUUCUUGGCCAGAUAGGCAGAAUGUAGAUUCAAGGUAAAACUUAAGUUA